AUGGCCCAGGAUCGUGGUACGCCUGAAGGUGUAGAGGCCUGGCUUGCGGAAGCGUCGACAAAACCUUGGUCGUUUCCCACAACGGUUGGCCCAGAACUCUCACAAGAAAAAUUGCAACAUAUUUAUAAUCACUGGGACACCUACACACCUAAUAUUAAGUUAGGAAUUUUGUUUGCUAUAAUGAGUAUCAGAAAGCUAUUGGUGAGCAAGAUGAAGGACGAGUUAUCAGCGAUAAUCGAAAAUGGCACUCAAGAACAUGAAGACGAAUGGGUUGUUCUGAUAUCGAAAAUGUUGCGGGAAUAUCCAAAUACUACAGCGCUUGAUUUGAAUAUAGAACAACUUAUCCCGCCUGCUGCUCAGAAUGGGCUUCAAAAUCUAAUGAACAAGAUACGACAAAAUGGGAUCAAUUUCCAUCCAGUUGAAUAUGCAUUUAUUGAUCGCAAUGUUUGCGAUUCUUUUUCUACGCUCUCGUUGAACUCUUCUGUUACAUCACCGCAUUUUAUUUUGCGAGAUUCAACUGCCAAUUCUGCCAAUCAAAUACGUACAGCGAUUCUAAACAAUAUGUCAGUACCUCCUUCUCCAGGUUUGACCUCACCAGUAAACGCAACUGGGUUCAAUUUUCCACCGGUUGGUCAAUCACCAAUUCAGGCUUUACAUGGUCCUCCAAGCCGUUCCAAUUCAGUCUCUUCCGGACAAUCACUUUUUAUUCCUCCAAAGCGUCGACCUUCGCAACUAACACAAACAUACCCUAAAGCAGGAACAUCUUCGCAAGGUUCGGAAUCACCUACCGAGCAAAAAGUGGUAACCAUUACCCAAGGCAAAAAAUAUCAAAAACCAUCAAGAAUUCAAAUGAUUGAUAUAUCAACGGGAUCAAAAAUUAUUAAGGAUCAGGAAGAAUCAAAGCGGCAGACUCAAUUAGUGGCUCUAUUUGAUUUAUCUUUUAUACAUUUGACUGGAAUAUUAUCAGUGUUGCCAAUUUUUGAUAAUGUGAAAACCACUACGAAGGUUACCACCACAACUGAAACUGAAAUUACGGAUGCGCAAGUAAAUACCUAUCCAGGUGAUGAUGUAGUUGAAGAGGAAACUGUCUCUGAUGGAGAGAUGUCUCAUAAAAAUCCCCAAACAAUUGUUGCGUCACCUACUUCUUUAUCACCACCAGCGAAUCAAUUUAAUGAUCAGAAUAUCGAUAGUUCAACAACUAACACUAACUUUGUACAUGAAACUUCAACUGAAGCGGAAUCAUCAAGGCAACAGAUGACAUCUGACAUUACUCCAGUACAACAACCAGUGCAAUUGCAACCGACAUCCCAGCAGUUUGAAGAACAGCCUAGGCGAAAUAUGUCUCCUUCAGAAAGACUUCUCUUUGAACGGAAUUGUGUUGCAGUGUUAACCGAAGCAAAUAAAGUUAAUGAUAAUGCUUAUUUGAGACAAAUAAUUAUUAACUUUUUAGGCGGUGUUCAUGCAGAGACAAGUCAACUCAAAGCUGCUUCUGUCGGUAUUCUUAAUUCCGACGAUCCCGUGCGUCAAAUAAUUUUGCACGAAGAGACUGCUCGAAACCACGAUGGCAAAGCAACCACAGAAACUUUAAUCUUUGAAAUUAAUUUGAACAAUGGACAGUGGAGAAAACUCAAGAGAAAGAAAGUAAAGGGUCUCAGAAGUCAAACAAAUGAUGGAUCAAACAGCAAGAUGAACGGGAGACAGCAAAACGGCGAAAAUUGA